CCAAUGCACUCUGCAACCUGUCCGUUGAUCCCAUCACCAUUAAUCAGCCAAAAUAAAAGAAUACGCAAGCUAGGAUUUCAGCAUUCCGACCUUGACUAAACCAGAUUGUCCCGACCUGGAACCAAAACAAUGCAAGAUCCAUGUACUUUCCUCACAAUGCUUGCUUCUGGUCCCCUCACCGUCGAAUUUCGAGGCACCAAUGUGUUUGUUCUGGCUGAAAAUGUGCUUGAUUGUGUACUGAGCGACCCGGCCCCGUUGGGUACGAAGACUGGAAGGUUCGGGACUCGGAGGUAUGAUGGCGCCAAGCCCCGGCACCCGGGUUUGCUCCCUUCGGACGAACAGCGCACGGACUUGACGGUACCCGAUGGCCGAUGGUGACGCACAGAGCCGUACGGCACGG